AUGGAAUUGGACUAUCGUUGUCCGAAUGAUCUUGAGAAUCCAUCCGAUAUUGCUAAAUUGAAGAAACGUACCUCUGAAGAACGUGUCUACAUGUUUCUUAUUGGUCUCUAUCACAAUCUUGACCAAGUGUGUAGUCGUGCGUUGGCUAUUGUACCUCUUUCUUAUCUUAAUGAGGCUUAUGUCAUGGUGCAUCGGGAGGCCCAAUGA